ACGAGGUCUCCAGCAGCUUCAGCUCUGUGCUGGAGGCUGCAACGUGCCCGUCUGUGGCUUUGCAAAUCUCUUUCCUCCUCUGCAAAACAGCGCGGUGCAAAGCACUGAAGUGCAAAGCUGGAGGGUUUAUUACAGCAGGUGGUGAGGAAAGGCUUAAAACCUAAAAUUCAGCUAAAAUCUGUGCUCUGUGGGUCACUCCCUGCCUUCCAGCCUGCCCCCAGCACAGCCUGCUUACACUCUGUUGGGGACAGACAAAUUUCCUGAGGUGCCAGCCAGAUGCCUGAAGACUGAGGGAAAGCCAAACCAAAAUAAACCUGAUGUAGCUGGGUGUUUUAAUUUGCAGGAAGUGCUGUGCAGCAGCAGGCUGGUUCCCAGCUGAAUCUUUCUUGCUGCAUCAAGCAUAAAUUCAUCAGGUAUUCCAUUUCCUGGGAAAAAAAAUAAUAAAGCAGAAUAAUUCACUUGGAAAUAAAGAGUGGAGCUAUUUUUCCCUCUGACAUGGUGAAUGCAAUUACCCAAGGCAUGGGAGGCUGAGAUAACUCACUUAUUCAGCCCCCACUCUCCAAAGAAACCAUCAUCAUUCUGUCAGAAAAGGCUUUAAACUCAAAUUCACAUCCUGAAUGCUAAAACAUCACCACAUACAGAAGCCAUCCUUAUGAUUUCCAUGCACCAGCUGCUGCAUCACAAGGAAAACACACUCAUAGGCCAGAAUUCAUUAUUGUCAAGGCCAUACACACAGUGCAAGCUCCCUGUGUUUGCUGACCCUUUUCCCAACGCUCUUGGUAUCUCCUUGUCCUUCAGGAGCAAUUCCUAGUGAAGCAAAGCCCACUGGCACUCUGUUAGUAGUGUCUGAGCCAUGUUGGGGCUGGGAAAAUGUGCAUGGGGGUUGAGAGUCUCAAGCUGUGUCUGUUUGGAGAGCUCAGUGCAGGCAAGCCAUAAGCCUGUGAUUGCCCCCAAAUUUAAUUCCAUUUAGGCAGCACUCUCCCACCUCUUCUGCCAUUACAUAAUGGGGAGUGAAGUAAUGACUUUCAGCAAUGCUGUUUGAGUGGCAGCAGUCCAAUCCUGGACUGUAUUUUUUUUUUUAAUGGUGGGGGGAGAGCAGGUUGGCAGAGGGGAGGAGGCAUCCGUUUGGUUCGUCUGCAAUCCCUGUUUCGCUUUGGGAGCUUUAGAGGACAGACACAUUCUUCCAUCUCCGCUAAUCCUCCUCUGAUACAGAGGAUUUUCCUGCCAUUAAAUGAUAGCUUGUGAGAAAAAAAUGCCAACUUUUCAGAGACUGGCUCGUGUGGCUAAGGGCAGCCUCAUGAGCAGGAGGGAGGACACAGCCACUGCCUGGCCAGGUAAGCCACACGUCUGGGUGAUUUCUGUUGGGAAUUUUGGUUUCCACUCUUUGAUGGUUACGCUCCUCUGUACCAGCACCUGUUUCCUGGGAGUAGAGCCAGUCUCUUACUGUUGGUGAUCCUUUCCCACCUCAGAUGACAGGAAUCUGCCUUUGGCAUGGCUUCUGGGAAGGACACGAAUGAGCUCCUGAAAAGCAGUGGCACAAAGCUGCAGGAUUCCCUGAGAAGAUCUUUUUGUGGAAAAAUGAUGCAGGGAAAUGACAGAGGAUGAAACCCAUCUCUAGUCUUCCUGUGUGCUUUUAGAUCCCUCAAGUUUGCUUGCCAGACCUGAAAUGCCUGAGAAUAAUCAAGUGAUCCUUUGGGUCCCACAGGUCCAUGGGGUGUGGGCCUGUGUGCGCUCCUGCCCUCCCAGCUGUGUGUGCACGCCGGAGAGGAGCUGCUCCGUGCUCUGUGACCGUGCUGGGCUGGGGCAGAUCCCCAGCGAGUUCCCCUGCGAAGCCUCUUCCAUCAACCUGGAUAAAAACAGCAUCAAGUUCCUGUCCGAGAGGGCCUUUGGGACACUGCCUUCCCUCAAGUCCCUGUCUCUCAACCACAACAACAUCUCCUUCAUCACUCCAGGGGCGUUCAAGGGGCUGCCCAGCCUGACGGAGCUGAAGAUGGCCCACAACGAGUACAUUCGCUAUCUCCACACUCGCACCUUCACCGCGCUCCGGCGCCUCGUGAGGCUGGACCUGGCCGACUGCAACCUCUUCAACAUCCCAGACAGGAUCUUCAUCGAGCUGCCCGCUCUGCAGGAGCUGUUCUGCUUCCAGAACAACUUCCGAAGGAUCCCAGGCGCCAUCAGGGGCAUGGAGAACUUGACCCAUGUGUACCUGGAGAGAAAUAGGAUCGAAGCGGUGGCCUAUAACUCCCUGCAGGGCCUGACUAAGCUGAAAUACCUGAAUCUGCAGGACAACAAGAUAAAUGUCAUCCAUGAGCGAGCUUUUCAGGGCUGUCAGAGGAUGGAGUACCUGUACCUGAAUGACAACUUGAUCAGUGAGCUUCCAGAAAACUCCUUUGAUGGCCUGAGGCGCCUGAAGAUGCUCAACCUGGGGGGGAAUUUUCUCAGGAACAUUUCCAACACCUGGUUCCGGGACUUGGGGGAGCUGGAGUUCCUCUACCUGGACCGCAACAGGAUCAGCUACAUCGAGGAAGGGGCUUUUGAGAAUCUCACCAGCCUGGUGGCGCUGCACUUGAACAGCAACAACCUGACCACGCUGCCCUUCUCGGUGUUCGAGCCCGUGUACUUCCUGGGGCGCCUGUACCUCUUCCGCAACCCCUGGGAGUGCGACUGCCGCAUCGAGUGGCUCAAGGAGUGGAUGGAGAACUACAGGCUCGUCAGGGAUAUUCCGUGUGCCUCCCCCUCCUCCGUGGCUGGCAUUGAUCUGACGGACGUGCUCUUCGAGAGGUCUCCCGAGGGUUACUGCCUCGACCCGGUGGAGCUGAACAUCACGUCUGAGGGGCCGGGCCCGAGCGAGGAGCCUUGGUCCACCACAGAGAGCAAGUUCAACAGCCUUAUCUCCAAACUCUUGCUCCAGAUGGGCCUUCCCGAAGAGGUGGCAAAUGCCACUGAGGUGUACAGUAACACCACGCAGCCGGAUGGACAGACUGAAGGGGUUUCUUCUGGCAUGGGGGAAGAAAGAACCAAGGCUGACUCUUCCUCCUUGUACCUCCCAGCACUUUUUACAGUGAUUGUUCUGCUGUGCAAAUAGUCCAAGGGCUGGAUGGAGCAGGGGUUCUGCUUAAGCAUUUAGACCCUGCACCUACUUAGUCAUGAGAGAAAAGUUUUACUGUGAGCCUCUGAUACAUAAUGGGCUCCAAAAUCUUCCAGGCUGGGUUUGUUGGAUCUGGUUCCAGAUUCCCCUGGGAGCUGGUGAAAUCUGAGUCCCACUCUGGGUUACAAACCUGCCCUGUGGGUGCCCCAGAGCCUCCUGGAUACUCAGAGGGAGAUGAGCAGCACUAAUACUGAAUUUUGCCUAGAGAUGUGUAAUGUUCCCUGCUGGGAAUGGAGGGAAGAAGGGUCUGUCUGUGGGGUGUUUGUUCCACCAGGCCAACUCGUGAGAGCGAGAUGUUCCGUGGUGACUCAGCUUCGUGAGAGCAAGAUGAGGCCGCAAAACCAGAGCCCUCUUCAUGUCCUGACAGACACCCACACCCACACCCACGGCAGACGCUGCUGAACAAUGGGAAACCAUUCCUGAUUUCCCCCCUUGGGUGCAGGAGGGAGCAGGGCAGUCCUGGUGACAUCCAGGGAUGCAGCACUGGGCCUCAUGGGAAGGACGAAAGUGCCUGGAGAGGCACCAGCCCCAGGCAGGUCUGGGGUGGGCACAGUAUGCUUGCAGUGACCCCAGGCAGGAUUUUGAUCCUUUCUCCCCCCCGUUAUCCUGGCACUGGUGUGGGAGAACCAGAUGGACCUGUGUUUGUCCAAACAGUCCUCUCUGAGGCAAAGCUACUUAAACUUAACCUACUUAUUCCCAUCAUUUCAAUAUGUUUAUUUUUUCAGUGAAUAUAUUGUUUCAAGGAAUAAUUUUUUUUUAUUUGUAGGUUGUUUCAUGGCAUGGCAGCAGGGGCAGAGCACAGUGAUGACAAAUGCAACCAGGCCCUAUGAAAUAAUCUGUAUUUCCACCACUAAUAUGUACCAUUUAGUGUGUCAUAUUAUGCCAUACUGAUAAUCUUCUUUUAUACAACAUUUUAAGUGUUUUAUCUUUGAAAUCUUCAGUGAAAGCUGCUAAUAUAUCUGCUAAUACCAGAAAGAAUGGUGUUUUAUGUAUCAAAACAUAUUAAUAAAAUAAUUUGAUAUUUUACUCACAAAAAUAAAUUAACUGCUCAAACCU